AUGUUGGCUAUCGGUGAUACUGUCCUUAGAGUCGUGAACAUGGUGUUCCUCGUCAUUGCACUUGGAUUGACCGGUUCUCUUGCUGCUACUACUAUUUUCCAACUGAACUCGGAGGUGAACUUUGCCGUUUUCGCCUGUGCUUUCGGUCUUUUGACCUCCACCUUUUACGGUGUGUUGGCAUAUUUCUUUGAGAUUUUCGCUUGGCCCAUUGUGUUGGCUUUGCUCGACUUCUUGAACACUGUUUUCACAUUUGCUGCAGCUACUGCCAUUGCUGCUGUCAUUCGUGCUCACAGCUGUUCCAACGAGGACUACGUCAUGAACAACAGCAUCACCCAGGGUUCUAAGGGCAGAUGUAGAAAGGCACAAGCUUCCACCGCUUUCCUCUACUUCUCGUUCUUCGUCUUCUUGGCCUCCAGUGUGUUCUCGAUUGCUGCUAUUGCUCAGGGUGGUUUGUUCACCCCAGCUGGCCGUAAGACCUCCAGAGUGGGUGUUCCAUCUGCUUCGCAAGUCUAA